GCUGACGGAGGCGCACUAAUUAUAGGGAGUUUUAGUAGCACCUGUAAAUUGCGGGGCGCUCCUUGUCGGGUCACUAGAAUCCCCUGUAAAUACGAUGGCUUUUAGGGUUUUAUGCGCUAUAAGAACAAAAACGUCCAUGAAUUUGAUUGGCUAAAAGAUAACCUGUGGUAAAGUUGUUAAAAAUGGAGUCUCCUGGCCAGCAAAGCCACUAACAUCUCCCACCCCGGGUCGUGCCUCCUUUACCUGGCAGCCUGGACCGGGGUGCCGGGAUGGUGAAGCGGGGAUCGUCAUAAUCCCAAUGGAUCCAGAUCUUUCGGGCCAACACGAUAUAUAUCGCGGUCGACCUCUCAUGCGAGGCGUUGGCCAGUUUCGCAUUCUAAUCCUCCACCCAACUACAGAGAAUUCUCCUAAUACUAAACUUCGCGGAACUCUUCUCGUUUCAGCUCUCGAACGGGAGAGAAAUAACUUCGAAGCGCUGUCGUAUGUAUGGGGAAGCCCAGACUUGCGAACAACCACCAUUUUGAUUGAUGACAUCCCAUUUGAAAUCACCACUCACUUGGCCGCCUUCCUCUGCCACCUUCGACGGGUAAACGAGUACGCACGCGUCUGGGUUGAUCGGAUAUGUAUCAACCAAAGUGAUUGCGACGAAAAGUCAGACCAGGUCGCACUUAUGGGUGAUAUUUAUCAGUCGUGUAGACUUGUUAAUGUCUGGCUGCCGGACCCAGCCGAGACAACAAGGCAUCGUGAUAGGAAGACAGCUAACUUGGGAGGACUGCUGUCUUUACUUUCUGGUGAACAUUUCCACGACAUACCAGGGUUUGGAGUAGACGAAACCACCGGAAAUCGGACUUUCGAAGAAACGGAGGAUUUCUGUGCUGUCUGGGACGAUUUCCUUUUGCUGGCAGAGAGCCCUUGGUGGACUAGAGGAUGGACCGUGCAAGAAGCUUUUUUACCACCGACAGUUCGAUUUCUCCAUAACGCUGCAGACCCAUGCGAUAUCUCACUCAUCCAUCAAGCGAUGGGACGCACAAGUUAUUUUGACGACAUUAGAAAGCCCUGUUGUGCGGAAGCUCUAGACAUAUUCCCAAAGAAAAAGUAUAAAGCUGUGUGGGAUUUAUUUCACCAUGUCCGAAAAUUGUCACAUCGUCGGGAUGUUUAUUUGAAUCCACGUUCUGCAGACGGAAGGGAUUUCUUUUAUAUCGUCGUUUCUACAUUCGCAGCACGCCAAUGUCAACAAGGUAGAGACCGCAUAUACUCGCUUUGGAGCGCGACCGGAAAAGUUUAUAGGAGUCACAUACCCGAUUAUAAAAUUCCCGAGGAAGAAGUCUACACCUCGGUUUUCAAGAGUAUGCUGCGCGAGUCGCAGAGCCAUCUUAACAUCAUCUUCAGCUCUGGGAUGGAUUUUCGCGUAUUUCAAGGAUUGAAUUUUGGACCUAGCACAGACGGAGUCAAUAAAAGGCCUACAUGGGUCCCAGACUUUUCCCAAAGCUGGAGUGAACGGGUUGCCGAGGCAAACUUGGAUAGACUUGCGAUUUCAAGAAUGUAUCGAGCAUCAGGCUGGUCAAGGGGCCGAGUCAAAAUCAAAGGGGAUGAGCUUCGCCUAAAAGGGUUCCUCAUAGAUCGGGUCCAAGUAGUCGGCCCAGUAAUGAUAGACCCUCAUGACUCUAUAUCCGCAAAGAGGACAUUGUCGCAGUGGAAGGUUAUGAUACAAGAAUGGGCUGCCGCUCAGAAGCUAACCGUCCAAACCUGUUACAGGCAACUAUCCGCGACUAUCUGUGGACAGGUAUGUGGCGAGUUCGUAACAGAUGAAAAACGAGCCCUCUUGAAGCGCGAGUUUAUCCUAUCUGAGAUGGGUAAGACGAAUAUAGUCAGGCUGUUGAUAGAGCUUGCGUUUCAGCAAAUGGCUUGGGCCGAGCAUUGGCGACCAUUCAGACCAGACGAGGAUUGCCCAAAACGGGACGAAUUGGAUGGGUUUUUCGAGAGUGGAGAUCUGGAUCGCCUAACCCAUGUAGCCUAUCGUAACGGCGUGGUGGCUUCAUUAUUCCACCGAGCUCUUUACUUGACGGAAAAUGGACGAAUGGGCCUUUGUGUGCCACAGGCAAUGGCGGGAGAUGAGAUAUGGGGUGUGUAUGGGUCUAAGGUGCCGUUCACAUUCAGGUCGUUGAAAGGCGUAGAUGGAUAUAUGAGGUAUAAUAUGAUUGGUGAUUGCUAUUUAUAUGAUGCUAUGAUGGGAAUGCUCGUUCGAAGUGGUAUUGAGGUUAGGUUGGUGUAAGUUGUUGUCGCGGAUAGGUAGUCCUCAACUUCACCUAGUACCAUGGAUUAU